AUGACGGAAGCGACGGAUAAUGAUAUUAAGUACGAGUUAUUUGGUGGAAGAAGCGGAACAAACCUGAGUCUAAACAAUCUAUCGAAAGUGAACUCCGGUGCCAAGCUACUGGUGCGCUGUUAUGGCAAAUACGGAUGCUUUUCCAUCGCCGAGCCUUUUCUGUCAAUCUAUAGACCAAUAAAUUUAUUUCCUAUUUCUGUCGAUAUAUUAAAAGUAGAGUUUCUGCUGAAGACGCGAAGAAAUCCGGAAAAGUUUGAGAAAAUAAUCGCUAAAAAUGACGGAACAGCAUGGGUUCCAGUCGUGGAUCAAAGAGUCAAACAGUCCUUCGAAUAA